GCAGCCUCGCUUCAGCGCCCGGUGCCAGCUGGCUCUUUCGUCUGGGACGGAGGGGAGGCUCGGGGCUCCUGUCGCUGGGGGUGGGGGAACGCCGCCCCUCAAGUGCCCAGCUUUCCCCCCACCCACGAGGAGCCUCUCAACCCAGCCUGGCUCGGGCUGCCCUGGCAGCGGGUCCAGCCAGGAAUUGGCCUGCUCACUUCGCCUGGGACUUACAGCAGGGGCUCGCUGUUGGCGGGGGGAAGGGGGGCGGCGGGUCUCCCGUCAGCCCCCGCCUUUUGCUCGGCUGUGCGAGCUCGAGGAAGAAUAUGAAGGUGAGCUGGCCAGGUGAAAGCCGCUGGCAGGUGGGCCUGGCUGUGGAGGACAGCUCAGUUCUGGGAGCCCCGCCGGUGGGAGGGCUCCCGGACGUGGUGCCGGAGGGGACGCUAUUCAACAUGGUGCUGAGGAGGAUGCACCGGUCCCGGAGCUGCUCCUACCAGCUGCUGCUUGAGCACCAGCGCCCCAGCUGCAUCCAGGGGCUUCGCUGGACGCCGCUCGCCAACAGCGAGGAGUCCCUGGAUUUCAGCGUGAGCCUCGAGCAGGCCUCCACGGAGCGGGUGCUGAGGGCGGGGAGGCAGCUGCAUCGGCAUCUCCUGGCCACCUGCCCCAACCUCAUCCGAGACCGAAAGUACCACCUCCGACUCCACCGGCAAUGCUGCUCUGGCCGGGAACUGGUGGAUGGGGUCUUGGCCCUGGGGCUGGGGGUCCAUUCCCGGAGCCAAGCCGUGGGAAUCUGCCAGGUGCUGCUGGAUGAAGGUGCCCUCUGUCAUGUGAAACACGACUGGGCCUUCCAGGAUCGAGAUACCCAAUUCUACCGUUUCCCCGGGCCGGAGCCGGAGCCUGCAGGCCUCCACGAGCUGGAGGAGGAGCUCGUUGAGGCUCUGGCCCUGCUCUCCCAGCGGGGGCCUGACGCCCUGCUCACGGUGGCGCUUCGAAAGCCCCCCGGUCAGCGCACAGACGAGGAGCUGGACCUCAUCUUUGAGGAGCUGCUGCACAUCAAGGCCGUGGCCCACCUCUCCAACUCGGUGAAGCGGGAAUUAGCGGCAGUUCUGCUCUUUGAACCACACAGCAAGGCAGGGACCGUGUUGUUCAGCCAGGGGGACAAGGGCACCUCCUGGUACAUCAUCUGGAAGGGAUCUGUCAAUGUGGUGACCCACGGCAAGGGCCUGGUGACCACAGUGCACGAGGGAGACGACUUUGGACAGCUGGCUCUGGUGAACGACGCACCCCGGGCGGCCACCAUCAUCCUGCGAGAGGACAACUGCCAUUUUCUUCGCGUGGACAAGCAGGACUUCAACCGUAUCAUCAAGGAUGUGGAAGCAAAGACCAUGAGGCUGGAAGAACAUGGCAAAGUGGUGUUGGUGCUGGAGAGAACCUCUCAGGGCACUGGCCCUUCUCGUCCCCCAACCCCAGGCAGGAACCGAGACAUUCCUCAGCGACUUCCUCCUGACCCACAGUGUCUUCAUGCCCACUGCCCAGCUUUGCGCUGCCCUCCUGCACCAAUAUCCUUCCGGCCCCAGGGGAUUAGGAUGGCGUGUGGAGUGGGGAGAAGGAAUCCCUCGUAUCGUGGCUGUGCCGAACCCUCCGAAGUGCCAGCAUCGCGCCAGGCCCAGCUUGUGCAUACGGGCUCUGGGCGUCCUGCCCCUCCCUUGCCCAAGGUGUGGUGGGUGGUCUGGUUAGAGGUUGUGGUUCCCUUGACGGGUGCCCACUUUCCACGCGGAGCCCGUGGGAGGCAGCGAGCAGGAGUGCAGCACCUAUAUCUGCAACAAGAGACAACAGAUCCUGCGGCUGGUCAGCCAGUGGGUGGCCCUGUACGGCCCCAUGCUCCACACCGACCCUGUGGCCACCAGCUUCCUCCAGAAACUGUCAGACCUGGUGAGCAGGGAUGCCCGGCUUUGCAACCUGCUGCGGGAGCAGUGGCCAGAGAGGCGGCGACACCACAGGUUGGAAAAUGGCUGUGGGAACGCAUCUCCGCAGAUGAAGGCUCCUUUUCGGCUAAAGGUGAAGUUCAGCCCCUCCUCAGUCUCCUGCCCUUACCUGCUGGCCCCUCUCCCACCGGCUCCCCUCCAAGGCCCGGAACAUGCCUGUUUGGCUCCCCAGCCAGGAUGAACCUCUCCCCAGCAGCAACUGUGCCAUCCGAGUCGGGGACAAAGCUCAGCCAGCCUUCCUCUCCAGUCCCCUAUGACAUCUGCCGGCCGGACCACUCGGUGCUGACCCUGCAGCUGCCUGUGACGGCCUCAGUGAGAGAGGUGAUGGCGGCGUUGGCCCAGGAGGACGGCUGGACUAAGGGGCAGGUGCUGGUGAAGGUGAACUCUGCGGGCGCCUCUGCUCUCUUUGCAGACACUGUUGGCCUGCAGCCAGAUGCCCACGGUGUGGCCACAUCCCUGGGACUCAACGAGCGCCUCUUUGUUGUCAACCCUCAGGAAGUGCACAAGCUGACCCCACACCCCGAGCAGCUGGGGCCCACCGUGGGCUCUGCAGAGGGGCUGGACCUGGUGAGCACCAAGGACCUGGCGGGCCAGCUGACGGACCACGACUGGAGCCUCUUCAACAGCAUCCACCAGGUGGAGCUGAUCCACUACGUGCUGGGCCCCCAGCCCCUGCGGGACGUCACCACCGCCAACCUGGAGCGCUUCAUGCGCCGCUUCAACGAGCUGCAGUACUGGGUGGCCACGGAGCUGUGUCUCUGCCCUGUGCCCGGCCUGCGGGCCCAGCUGCUCCGGAAGUUCAUCAAGCUGGCCGCCCACCUCAAGGAGCAAAAGAAUCUCAAUUCCUUCUUUGCCAUCAUGUUUGGCCUCAGCAACUCGGCCAUCAGCCGCCUGGCCCAGACCUGGGAGAGGCUGCCCCACAAAGUCCGGAAGCUCUACUCGGCCCUCGAGAGGCUGCUGGACCCCUCAUGGAACCACCGUGUGUACCGUCUGGCCCUCACCAAGCUCUCCCCUCCCCUCAUCCCGUUCAUGCCCCUUCUUCUCAAAGACAUGACCUUCAUCCAUGAGGGAAAUCACACGCUGGUAGAGAAUCUCAUCAACUUUGAGAAGAUGAGAAUGAUGGCCAGAGCUGCGAGGAUGCUGCACCACUGCAGAAGCCACAGCAACGUGCCUCUGUCACCGCUUAGAAGCCGAGUCUCCCACCUGCACGAGGACAGCCAGGCGGCCAGGAUUUCCACGUGCUCGGAGCAGUCCCUGAGCACCCGGAGUCCAGCCAGCACCUGGGCUUACGUCCAGCAGCUGAAGGUCAUCGACAACCAGCGGGAACUGUCCCGCCUCUCCCGGGAGCUGGAGCCGUGAGGAGGGGCCGGGCUGGAGCAGGCACUGGCCGCCGGGAGAGCCAGGACGAGCCGGGCCAGGAGGCCCACGGGCUGGCCGCGCCGGGCAGGGGCUGUCCGCGGACUGAACUUGAGGCCCUGGAGUGGGCGGCAUGGAGGCAGCCGUCCCCUUGAUGACUGGUGGCCAAGGAGGACCUCGGGAUGGAAUGAGCCGGGGCCCAAGGCCAAGGAAUGGGGGACAGAGAAGCCCUGGAGUGGGUGGGAGAGCAGAGCGCUCCCUCUGUGUGUUCAAUAGAGAGCUCUCCGCACCAGGUCUUUUCCAGA